AUGUCGUCUGCAGCAACAAAGCGUAAAUAUGUUUAUCAAGAACUCGACGAUAUGAGCCUUCCUACAAAUUCGCAAAGCAUCGUACGAAUUGUUCAAGCCCGUGGUCACAAUCUUCACGAAGUCAUCACUCCCACCGGAGAACAGUACAUCGUCUCGAUGCCUACCAAAUUCAGGCAAAAUAUCUGGGUGAAAAGAGGUGAUUACAUUGUUAUCGAGCCAAUCAAAGAAGGCAAGAAAGUUAAGGGCGAAAUUGUUAAGAUACUUACAAAGGAUCAUAUAAAAUGGUAUCGCGCACAAAAUUGUUGGCCGCCGGAAUUCGAUGAAAAUCCAAAAAGGAAUGGACAUUCGAUAGUAACGAAUUAUGCUACAUGCGACGACGAAGAACUUUUUGUAAAUACAAAUAGGUGUCCCACUAAUCAGAAUGCAGACAGUACAAGUGAUUCAGAUUCCAGUGAAUCUGAUUAA